UGGGAGGCUCGACACCCGCUGCCUGCUGGUGGUGCCAGCUCGAGGGGGGGCCGGGGGGGGACAGGCAGACGGUACCCUUCCGCCCCUGCUGGACCCUGUUGCUGUGUCUCUCAGGCAGGCAGCAGCUCAGAGUCAGUGAGGAAUUGGGGGAGGGGCUCCAGAUGGCCCCAGCUCCCUUCAGGAAGCCCGUGUUCUUUUCCUCUGAACCGUAUGGGGUCUAGGAUGUUUGGGGGUGGUGGGCCUGCUGCCUCAUCCUGGGGCUGGAGGGGAAGGAACUCCCCUUCCCCCUCAGUCAGGUUCUCUGCCAGUCUGCCUCCCCCAGGUUCCCUGCAGUUCCUUCCAGGUCCACAGCUCUGUCUCAAAUGUCUGCUCUCAGGAAUUUCUGAAUACACUGCCAUCCCCCAGACACAGACACACUAUAAAGGAAGGUAUCUUGCGGCCUUCUACUGUCACUUUCCCUAUCACACAGGCCCCUUGAAGCUGGCUACUAGAGAACACUGGAUACCUCCACACCUCUUCAUUUCCAUGGCCGCCGUCCUUCUCACUUAGACCACCAUGCAGUGAACCCCUCCCUGGACACAAAACAGGCCAGCCGGCCCCUCACUCAUCUGCCCCUGUAUGACGUGGGUAGUACUUUUAACUGGGUUACAGGUUUACUACUUAGUAGCCCUUGUGGCCCUAGACAAGAUACCUAACCUGUUUUCUCUUCUGUAAGUAAAAAAUAAAAGCAAUACUAGCACCUAAGUCAUCAGUUGUUAAAAGGGUUCAGUGAGCUAUAAUGCCUGCUGGGUGUUUAUCUUGGCUGUGAUUGUUAGCCAGCUUGUAUCCCUGCAUUCCUAAACUGAUGCCCCCACCUCGUGGCUUUAUCAUCUACUAGGACUCCCCAACUCCUAUGUUACAGCCUAGUCUUGGCUGGCCUACGGGGACUAGCUCUGUUGACCCUUCCACCCACCUUGCACAGUUCCCUUUCUUCCCAUUUGCACAGCACCCAACCCCGUGAACCUGCAGCUUUCUGAAUGUUCUCUCAACCUUCUGUGCCUUUGUCUCUGUUCUCACCACUGCUUGGACUGCCUUUCUCCCAUUUGUUCACCAAAUGCAUAGUCAGCUUGAACCCCACCAACCCAUAUGGAGCUCCGCGCUACCCCUAACUCUGAUCAGGAGUUCUCUCCCUACCCCCCUGAGGCUCCUCUUGGACAAGGACUUUGUACCAAGCUCUAGGGUUCCUGUACUAACAUGAGCCCUUGGAGAGGAGAGGCCAUGUCUUGAAAUGUAUGGGGAGUGCAAUAGACACUAGACAUUGUUGAUCACUGUGAGCUUGGAGCAGUCCUGCUUCCCCACGAAGCAGCAAUCUCCACUUAACAGGGUAUAUAAUGUAUACACAGGGAGAGAGAGAGGGAGGGAGGGAGGGAGAGAGAGAGACAGAGAGACAGAGAGAGAGAAGGAAGGCUGUUACCAUCCAGAUCCCUCCAAGAAGCCCAUGUUCUUUUCCCUGGGGUGUUAAGGGUGGUAGUGGGCCUUCCCCAACCCUGACAGGCGCACGCCCCCGCCCCCAGAUCAUAGCCUUUGAUGAGCUGCGGACUGACUUCAAGAACCCCAUCGACCAGGGGAACCCAGCGCGGGCACGCGAGCGUUUGAAAAACAUCGAACGCAUCUGCUGCCUCCUGAGGAAGCUGGUGGUCCCGGAAUAUUCCAUCCACGGCCUCUUCUGUCUGAUGUUUCUGUGUGCAGCAGAGUGGGUGACCCUGGGCCUCAACAUCCCCCUCCUCUUCUACCACCUCUGGAGGUACUUCCACCGUCCUGCGGACGGCUCUGAGGUCAUGUAUGAUGCGGUCUCUAUCAUGAACGCCGACAUCCUCAACUACUGCCAGAAGGAGUCCUGGUGCAAACUCGCCUUCUACCUGCUCUCCUUCUUCUAUUACCUGUACAGUAUGGUUUAUACGUUGGUGAGCUUCUAAGGGGGAAGCCGGCCAGGGAGCAAGCCCAGAACGGACCGGACGCCUGUGCACCCCCAGCCCUGCCCCUCUGGCCACAGAGGCCUCAGCCCUGGGGAGGGAGGAGGCACUGGUGCCUCCUGCCUCUCCACCCCCCAAACUGCUGCUGCGGGGACCUCCGCCUUCAGAGCUCUCCCCUUCCGACUAGGGCCAGCGAAGCUCUAAACAGGGGUGGGGGCUCCUCUGCUAGCCUGAAGCUAGGCAUGGCAGUCAUCCUGGAAGGGGUAGGACUUCUGGUCUUGUCCGUUUCAGGGGAAUUUGGGCCCUGCCAACAGGCAGACCUUGAUCUGGCAAUUCUGGGCAGCCCACCCUGGCCCUCACCCCGAAGCUCCCCCUGCAGGUGGGGGGGCACCUGCACCAGGAAUGAGCAGGCUCAACAUGGGGGGCAGCCCCAUCCCUAGUCUGCCCUCUCCCCUCCCCAGGCUCUUUCCAACCCAGUCUCUACUUAUCCCAAAUCCAGCCCACCCUGUCCCUUGGACCUAUUUUCUAUGUUGCCUGGAGGAGUCCAGCACCACAUCCCCAGACAUUUGUGACAAAAUAUGAAUAAACUACUGAAAAC